AUGUCCACCGAACCGACCACGCAAAGACCAGGCGCCUCGCCCUCACCACCCCCUCCCGCGCCAGUCCCCUUAACACCAGGCCCGCGCGCCUCCAAACUCCAAGAGAUCUUCGACAAGGCGCUGGCGCGCACGCUGCGCGCAAACUCGUACGCGAAUUUCAGCGGGUGUUUUCCGACGCCGGCGAAACAUGUCCCGGCUAGUUUGGAGAGUGUGUGGAGACAGUUGAAUGCGAAGUUGGAGGAGAGUGCCAAGGCUGAGUUCGAGGAUAUUUUGGCGGAGAGGGAUGCUGUUAGGCAGUUGAAUGAGUUGGAUCGGUUGGUUGGUGAGGCGAGGGUUAGGAAGGAGAGAGGGGUUGGUGGGGAUAGUGUUGCGCCGCAUACGUUGAGUCCGGAGGAAUUGUACAAAGCGCAUUUGUUGCCGCAUUUGAUGGAGACGCAGGCGGAUUUGGAUGCCAAGAUUAAUUCGGUGCAGAAUCAGAAUGCUGAGUUGGCUGGGAAGGUCCAGGCGCAGAGGUCUGAGAUUGAGAGUUUGUUGUCCGGGUUGGAGGCUGUGGUUGCUGAUUUGGAAGGUGCUGCGGCUGCAACGACGCAGUUUACGAGUGAGCAUCAGCUUCGACAAGAAGCUGCGCAGAUGGAUGGAGAGGUUAAGGCUAGAUCCGAGAUCUGA